GUGUGUGUGUGUGUGUGUGUGUGUGUGUGUGUGUGUGUGUGUGUGUGUGUGUGUGUGUGUGUGUGUGUGUUGAACUCUGCUGUCUCCUCUCCUCAGCGUCUCCUCUCCUACAACUCGUCUGUUCCUCCCUCUCCUCCUCCACCCCGGCCACCCCCUUAAUGUCUCAGCCCCACCCCCUCAUCUUGACGCAGAGGGCGGGGGGGACAUUCCUCCUGCCAGCUGGGAGUCACCAUGGCUCCCCCAUCCUUCUGACCACACAGGGUUUCCCGGUGAUGAACCAUGGCACUCCUCUGCUGCUGAACCUGCAGCCGGGCCAGACCAUGCAGCCACUCACCCUCAUCCAGGCUACAUCUCUGGGUCAGCUGGUCCGGCCCAGUGUGGGUGUGUCCCCGGUCUCUCAGGACAGAACAGGCCCCGCCCCCUCCAGAGGCCCCGCCCUCCCCACCAUGCAGCUGAAGAUCCGCAGCGCCCCCCCUGCUAACCUCCACAAGACCCAGGUGGGCGUAGCUAACCCCCCGAAGCUGGCGGGCCCCCCCGCCCUGCCCUCUGGCUCUGCCAAUGGCGUCACCAGAUUAACUUCGGUCAGCAGCGCUCCUGGCCCCGCCCCCUCUUCCCCAACCAGGCUAUCGCCGACCUCCGACCCCUCCCGGGUGGUGAUGAACGUCGAGGAGUUUUACUAUGGGAUGGUUGGGGGAGACAUGAGUCUGAGGAUGCCCCUGCCUCCAGGGAUGAAGACACCCUGCUUCACCUGCCAGAUCUGCUCUGUCGAAUCCGACAACAACCUGAGGUACAUGCAGCACAUGCUGCAGCACUCAAAGCUGAUUGGAGGAGGCGCCUCAGAUGAUGAGACGAGGGUCUGUAAGUUUUGUUACCGGCAGUUCUCGUCUGAUGAUCAGCUGCAAAGCCACCAGGAGCAGGUGCAUGGCCCUGCCCCCUCCUCCUGCAUAUGUCGGAUCUGUGAGUGGGCCUUUGAGAACGAGACAGCCUUCUUAAACCACAUGAAGUCCAGCCACAAACCAGGAGAGAUGCCCUACGUCUGCCAGGUGUGCUCAUACCGCUCGUCCUUCUACUCGGACGUCGUAGAGCACUUUGCCAGUGUCCACAGAGACACUCGCUUCCUGCUCUGCCUGUUCUGCCUGAAGGUGAUCAGGAGCUCUAAUAGCUUCCAACAGCACCUGCUGAGACACCAGACUCAUCAGCCGUUCCACUGUAAUCGCUGCCGCCUGCAGUUCGUCCUCCUGCAGGAUAAGAUGCAGCACAAAGUGGAGAACCAUCGCAGCUACCGCCGCCCCCCCCGGCUGGAGGGUCUGCCGCCAGGGUCAAAGGUGACCAUCCGGACGUACGGUAAGCUGCGAACUCUGACCUCCGGAGGAGGCCGCCUGCACCAGAACCCCUCCUCCCUCAUUCAGCCAAUUAAGAUCAAGACAGAGAGCUGCCCCUCCUCCCAGAAAACCACCACCAGUAAACCAGGCCGCCGCUGGGGCCCCGACAGCAGCUCCUCCUCAGACCUGCUGUGUGUGGAGUGUCGCUCCGACGCCUCCAACUUCUCCUCUCACUUCCCCUCCCACGUCCGCUGCCUGCUGUGCCGCUACAGCAGCUGCUGCUCCAGAGCCUACGCCCUGCACAUGAUACACGUGUCCUUCUUCCCAGCGUUCACGGAGUCGGACCUGCAAUUCUGUCAGACUGAAGCACGGCUGUCUGGAGACGAACCGCUCCAGAACCAGGACCCCUUGGACCUGUCGUGGAGGUCGGUGCAUUGUUGGAAAGCUCCAUCAGAGAGCCAGUCUUCCAUCAUCUCCUUCACACAGCGCAGCGGCCCGCAUCACGUCCUGUCCAAGACCAGCGACACCAUGGACUUCUUCCAGCUGCUGUUCCCCCCCGCACUGCUGGACCUGAUCACCUCCGAGACCAACGCCCACGUAAAGACCUGCCACUUCCUGGGCUCCGGCGUCCCAGAAUGGGUCCCCGUCACUACACAGGAGAUCAAAGGAUUCCUCGGCCUGGUGAUCCUGAUGGGGAUCCAGAACCUGCCGGACCUGUCGCAGUACUGGUCCUGGUCCCACUACGAUAACAGCUACACUUUCUGCCGGGCCAUGAGCUUCAGUCGCUUCCAACAGAUCUCCUCCAGCAUCCGGAUGGGCAGUUUCAUCACGGACCAGUACCGCGGGACCAGCACCCCCACAGACCCACUGCACAUCUUCAGGCCCAUGCUGGACCUCCUGGGGGAGGCCAUGUGGGACGCCUACCAGCCCAACUGCUGCCUGUCGGUGGACCGGGCCCUGCUGCCCAGCCUGGGAGGAGGGAGCCUAGCCAAGGGGGACCCGAAGACCCAGCCUCAGGUGUGGCUGCUCUGCGACUCCAAGUCGGGAUUUUGCCACCGCCUCUUCAUCCAGGUAGGGGAGCGGGGGCCCCCUAAGCCUGGGGGCCCGGAGCCUGGCUUCACUGUGGUACCAGAGCUGGUGAAGGGCCUUGAGGACCGGCACCACCAGCUGUUCCUGUCCAGCUCCCUCGCUUCUGUCCCCCUCCUGCAGAAGCUCUUGGACAAGGGCCUGUACGCCUCCAGCUAUUUCCCUGCCCCCAGCCCCAUCAUCCCCCACGCCCUAUGGGAGCAGGGCCAGCUGAAGAGAUCCGGAGACUUCCUGCAGAGACAGUUCGGCCCCCUGCUGGCCACCCGCUGGAGGGACACCAAAGAGAUGGGCUGCCUGUCCACUAACACGGCACCGGGUCAGCAGGACCUGGUGUGGAGGCGGUCUCAGACCAGAGGGGGGGAGCUGGACCCCAUCACCCGGCCCGGGGCCUUCCGGCUCCUGCAGGAGAACCUGCGGGGCGUCGAUAUAUGCAAACAGCUGCUGGCCUGCAACCCGCUUGGGGGGGUUCCUCAGGACCGGCACUGGAGAGGCCUGUUCUGGUUCCUGGUCAACCUGAGCAUCGUGAACGCCUUUAUCCUGCUGCGGGAGAGCCGCAGGGACUGCCCUCCCUCCUGGGUGAAGGACGGCCUCUUCACUCAGGUCACCUUUCGCAGGCGUCUAGGGAACCAGCUGGCCAAGUGCACUCAGAGACCCUGUGAAAGUCUGGAGGUCUGCGGGUCCAGGGGGGCCGUAACCGAGGAGGUGAAAGAGAGGCACCGCAUGGUGAAGAUCAGCAGCAUCUCCAAGAGGUGCAGGAACUGCAACCUGAAGAACAUCCGCCACGAGAGCGUGUACGGCUGCAGCGUCUGCAGGGCCAACCUGUGCAGCCGGCCCGUCUGCUUCUGGGAGUUCCACAGGCUGGACCCGCGAAACCAGGGAUCCACCAAGAGGGGGUUUGUGAAGGACAGGAUCAGCGGAGCCGUCACAGUGAAUGGGGUGGAAGACAGCCUUGUGGGGGCUCCGGUGGAAGACAGCCUUGUGGGGGCUCCGGUGGAGGACAGCCUUGUGGGGGCUCCGGUGGAGGACAGCCUUGUGGGGGCUCCGGUGGAGGACAGCCUUGUGGGGGCUCCGGUGGAGGACGUGGACAUCUCUGAGAACCAGAACCUGGAAAUUCUGCAGGACAUUGAGGACCAGUCUAAAGAUAUUGUGCAAACAUUAAAACGCCAGACAUCUCACCGGUCCCCCACCAGAACUUCCCCCCCAGCCUCCAGGCCGACUAUCUGUAGAGAGAGGGAGGACUUCCUGACGGCCCGUAAAGAGGACAUCCUGUCGGCCUGUAAAGAGGACUUCCUGUCGGUCCGGCAGCUGAGGGUCUGCCUGGCCGCUCUGUGUGAAGGUCUCCUCCAGGCCUCCAGGAUUUUCUCCACCAAAGCGUCCCUGAUCCUGUCCGGCCUGAAGGACGCCCGGCGGCGUCUGAAGCAAACUGAUCCGGACCAUCAGAACUCUGAGGGGGGGCAGCACCUGGUGGUCUGGGUUCUGUCAAUGCGGGAGCAGCAGAUCCCCAUCACAGAGACCCUCCUGUUUCACAAAGCCUCCGUCCUGAAGAAGAAGGGGGUCUUCAGAGAUUCCUUCCGGAUCUCCUAUGCCUGGGCGCUGGGCUUCAUGCUGCGGCACCGGCUGGGAAUCCGCACCCUCGGUCGGGCUCCAACGCUGGGUCUCAGUCUGCCAGUUCCCCUGGAGGCCAAGAUCCGGUCCUUCAGGUACUUCACGCAGAAGGUGAUCCAGGACCGGAAGCUGUGGAGAGGCAGCGUGGCUGCGAUGGACGAGCUGUGUCUCUUUGUGGACCUGAACCUGGUUCAGGACCGGUCCUCCCGCCCAGAUGCCCUGCAGCUGACCGGUACCCUGCCACUGGUCUCAGUGUACCUGACGGUCCUGGCUGAUGGGUCCAUGCUGCCCUCGUUGGUCCUUUCCAACAGGAUGCUGGCCGAGAAGGACCUGCCGGACUACAUCCUGCUGGAGGGGGGGCAGGAGGGUCUACAGGUGGAGGAGGCUCUGGACCUGUGGACCAACAGGGUCUGGCUGAAUCACCUUUCCGGGCACCUCGGUAAGUCCCUGCUGGUCCUGGAUCGGCACAGGGAGCACCUGGGGGACCCGUUCCUCGCCUCCCUCAGCGGGUCAAAGACCCUCCCGGCCCUGAUCCCGGCCGGCUGCUCCCCCCGUCUGCAGCCUCUGGAAGUCUGCCUGAAACCGGUCCUGCAGAGGUUCCUGAUGUCCCGCUGGAUCCGGUUCAUCUCCGGAGACCCGGAGGAGCUGGAAGAGACCUUCCUCCCCCAGAUCCAGACCAGCAUCGCCCAGCGGCUGGUGGACUGGCUGCUGGAGGCCCUGAUGCUCCUCAACGAGGUCCCUCUGAUCUUGAAGGAGUCCUUCAGCCUGACGGGACUCCUGCCAGGGGGGGGGGGGAUCGGGAGUCCAGAGGACAUCCAGACCGACCUCCUCAGGACCCUGACCAGGACUCUGCUCGGGCAUGAAGGUCUGGAGGAGUCCUCUGAGCUGCUGGAGCUGGAAGACCAGGAGGACGAGGAGGAACCAGAACUAGAAGAGGAGACACCAAAGGACAAACUGGAAGAUCCAGAACCAGGAGAAGACAUAUCAGAAGACAAACUGGAAGAUCCAAAACCAGGAGAGGAGACAUCAGAGGACAAACUGGAGGACAAGGAAACACAGGAGGAGACGGAACAGGAAGUACAAGACACAGUCAAAGUCCAUGAAGACAGGAAGGAGGUGAAGGAGGAGAGAGAGGACGGGAGACAGGAGAGGAGAGAGACGAGGAUCGUGAUUGGGGAGGAGGUCGGAGACGAGUGGAAGAUCACCAUGAAGAGCAGGACAGACGGCAAAGAUGAGGACAGCUGAGACAUAGACCAGGACCGUCUGUAACCUGAUAGUCUAGCUGCCAGCUCAGUGAUCCUGAAUAUGUUGAGACCCCAGAGUCUUAUGAUAGAAAUGUAUAGGGUAUAGAGCGGGGGUCUCCAGGUCUCCAGCACAGAGAGACUGCCGGAUGCUAACCUGCAUAUGUUGGGCGGUUGUGUUAAUUAGCAUUAAUUAGCAUUAAUUAGCAUUAUAGGGAGGACAAACACGGCCACUUCCUGGUUAAACCUGCCACCUCUAAAUGUCAGAAAUGGAUUCAGCAUCCUCAGUAACCCCCGGAACCGCUCCAGAAUGGUCCAAAUCGGCAUCAGCUAGGGACAGAGUUAAAGGAUGGUGUCCCAGCUAGGGACCCCUAAUGUACAUUUCUAUCAUAAAACUUUGGGGUACUCAACUUCCGGGUUCAAUACAGGACUCUCUGAGCUGCAGACAGACCAUAGAGACUGAGGACUGACGAGACGCUGUCCUAAUGGGGUUCUUGCAGGACUCACAGUCCGGUCCAGAUGUGACGCAUCAGACAGGCGGUUCUGUCGGCAGCCUGUUGGACCAAACUCUGACUGAACUCAAGAUGUGACUGAAACUCUGUCAAGUCUUCUGAUCCCGGAGACAGGCCUUCUCGUGGUCCACUCACAGAACAGGUUUAGGGUCGGGCUCGGUUUUUCAGUAUGACUGCUGCAUGUUGAGCUGCUGGUCCAAAGACAGGAAUUAAGGUGCUGUUAGAAAUGUCUGUCAGGAUUUCAAAAUAAAAGCCUGGUUUUGUG